GCAAAUUUUACGUAGUGAAGCUGGUACAGACGGCCGACAUUUUUAUGGGUUCUUUUUGAAUCCCAGUAUAUUGGAAGUAACCCAUGGGAAGAGCAUGAAAUUUGAUUUAUUUAUUAUCGCUUUUCAAUUGGCAUGUUGUGUUGGUCGAAUUUUGGCGGGUAGAUUCGAGGUGGUGUGUGGUAAUCCUCCAAAUAAUCCUGCGACUAUUUAUUACUAUGGAGAUGUGGCUGCAGUGUUUGCCUACAGAUUUGAGGAUAUUACGAACUGCAUGUUUCAGUCUGCAUCCCAUGGAAUCUUCUCAAGAGAAAUCCCGUUUAACCUAACCGAUCCCUGUGGAUUUAUAAAAACCUGUGAAACUCGCAAUGUUUACGUCAUAUAUCUAGAGACUCGCUCUCUUCAUCCACUAAUUGAAAGUGUAAGUGAUGAAGAAAUAAUGGUCGUUUGUAAUUUCAUGGCUUAUGGUGACACUGAGGCUGUAUUUGAAGUUGUAUGAAAUGUAAACUCUGUAUAUGAGUGUUUAUCGACAAAAUCAAAAUAAAAUGUAAAUCGUGGUGUCUUUUAUCAAUAAACAAGUGGUACAUAGGUGU